AUGGCGUUUGGCACGCUGGGAUUCGCCAAUGAGGGCAAUGAGCAUCUAAGGAGCAAUCCGAUUAAAUUGGAAAAGGGGGCCAUCACCAUGAGGACUUGUGCAGCAGAAUGCAGUCAGGUGACAGCAUGGCAACUCCCAGCCAUUCCUAUUGGUCCAAAUGAAAUGGGCCCUUCUGACUGUGAUGGUGCAGUGUGGAGAGCAGAAGCUGCAGGUCAGGGCCCAGUUGGAUUUAUUUGGAACCAGGCACCUAUUAAUGCUGCUGACCUGACCCUGGGGACAGCAGGCUGUCAGCCAACCAGGGUCUACCCUGAGAACCACACUGUCCUCUUUGACUAUGGCCUGCAUGAGUGUGGCAGCAGAUUGCAGAUGACUGGAGACUUCCUGAUCUAUACCACCCAUCUGACCCACAUCCCAAACUAUCCUGGGUCUGUCAUUGUGAGAACCAAUGGAGCUGUCUUUCCCAUUGUGUGUCGUUAUUUGAGGACGGGCAAUGUGAGCAGUGACCCCAUCAAGCCCACCUGGAUCCCAUUCAGCUCCACCAGGUCUGGAGAAGGGCAUCUGUCAUUCUCCCUGCGUCUAAUGAAUGGUGACUGGCUUACAGAGCGCACUUCCACUGUCUACUCCCUGGGAGACCUCAUUCACAUUGAGGCAUCUGUUUCAAUGGACAACCACAUGCCCCUGAAGCUGUACAUUGACCGCUGUGUAGCUACACUGAGCCCAGACAAGGACUCCAGCCCCAGAUACAGCAUCAUUGACUACAAUGGUUGCCUCGUGGACAGCAAAGCUGAGGACUCCUUUUCAACCUUUGUGUUGCCGAGAGACCAGCGGGAGCCGGACAAGCUCAGGUUUGACCUGGAUGCCUUCUGCUUCUAUGGAGAUGAACAAUCCUUGAUGUUCAUCACCUGUCACCUGAAAGUUGUUGCGGUGGAUCAGGGAGAUUCCAGGAACAAAGCUUGUACUUUCCAGAAGCUGCACAAGAUCUGGAGCCCACUGGAGGAAUCAACCAGUGACAUUUGUGCCUGUUGCCAUGUGGGGAACUGUGGUAGCACAAGGGAGAUCAUCUUCUCCUCCAGAGGAAGGAGAGACCUUGGACCUGAAGCUGAGAGUGAAGGUGGAUUGAAGUGGGAGGGUGAGGCCUCGCUUGGCCCCCUGCUCAUUCUGGAUCCUGAGCUGACCAGCCUGGCAACUGAGCCCCUGACUGAGGAUGAGCAAAGGAUGCAGGAGAUGUCUCCAGGCGGUGUGCAGUCUGAGCUGGUUGUGAUGCUGUCCCUGACAGUGACAGCUGUCUCCCUGAUCUCUGCUUCGUUGAUGGCCUUGUUCCUGUACAGGAAGCACCAGCAAACUCUACUCAACUAUUGA